UUUCAGAAGCGGCUUACCUGUUUCUUUUGCUUAUUUGUUGUGAUUAGUUUCUGGCUUCUCAAUUUAGAACAAAUAAACACGUGUAGAUAAAGGGACCUCAGGUGAUAUCUUUACUUGGGUAGGUUUGAAAUUGAGGAGCAGAAGAGCUUUUGGGUGGUCUUUGUGUUAAUUUUUAUAGUAGUAACAAUAAUCAAUCAAAGCAAAAAGGAUUUGUGAAGCAAUGAACGUUGCACCAGCUUCUUCCUCUGGUUCUCACAACCCAUGUCUCUCUUCUUCUGCUGCUUCUCGCAAUUUGAAGUUCCCGGUGCUGUUGCAGCAGGGAAUUUGUAUCCCUCAGAGGAUGUAUCGUUUAUCUAAUCUUUCAAAAUGUAAUAAUUCUUGGGGAUUGUCUAAGCAACAGCUGAACAAGUGGAUGCUGCCUUUGGGGGCAGUGGUGACUUCCAAAUGCCAAAAUGUCUCCACUGCACCUCGUAUUGGUGAUGAGAGGAUUGGAGUUUUGUUGCUCAAUCUUGGAGGUCCUGAGACUCUUGAAGAUGUGCAGCCUUUCCUCUUUAACCUUUUCGCUGACCCGGACAUUAUACGGCUGCCAAGAUUGUUUGGCUUUCUUCAAAAGCCCUUGGCACAAUUCAUAUCUGUUGUAAGGGCACCCAAGAGCAAAGAAGGCUAUGCUUCAAUUGGUGGUGGUUCGCCUUUGCGGAAGAUAACUGAUGCACAGGCUGAGGAAUUGAGGAAAUCUCUUUGGGAAAAGCAAGUCCCAGCAAAGGUGUAUGUUGGUAUGCGCUAUUGGCACCCAUUCACAGAAGAAGCUAUUGAACAAAUAAAAGGAGAUGGAAUCACAAAGCUUGUUGUGCUUCCACUUUAUCCACAAUUCUCUAUAUCAACUAGUGGUUCAAGCCUUCGUCUCUUGGAGAGUAUAUUCCGAGAAGAUCAAUAUCUUGUUAACAUGCAACACACAGUGAUACCUUCCUGGUACCAGCGUGAAGGAUACAUAAAAGCCAUGGCAAAUUUAAUUGAAAAGGAAUUAGAAAAAUUUAACUGUCCUGAGAAGGACCUAAAUUCGAGGAACCUGAUUGGAGCGGGUGAGCAACGCGAGGGGCUGUACUUUCUCAAGGGAGUGACAUCGGUACAUGCUUGCAAGGUUGUGAUAUUUUUCAGUGCUCAUGGGGUGCCACUUGCUUAUGUGGAAGAGGCUGGUGAUCCAUACAAAGCAGAGAUGGAGGAAUGUGUGGAUUUGAUAAUGGAAGAGUUAGAAAGGAGAAAGAUCAAUAAUUCAUAUGCUCUUGCCUAUCAGAGCAGAGUUGGUCCUGUGGAAUGGUUAAAGCCCUAUACUGAUGAGACAAUCGUUGAACUUGGAAGAAAAGGGGUGAAGAAUCUUCUUGCUGUCCCAAUUAGCUUUGUUAGUGAGCACAUUGAAACUCUUGAGGAAAUUGAUGUUGAGUAUAAAGAGUUGGCUCUUAAGUCUGGUAUAGAAAAAUGGGGACGUGUCCCUGCACUAGGAUGUGAACAAACCUUCAUUUCAGAUUUGGCAGCUGCUGUAAUUGAGUCUCUUCCAUAUGUUGGAGCUAUGGCAGUCUCAAAUCUUGAAGCUCGACAGGAGGGCAGUGUGAAAGCUUCUGAUUGCCCAGGCCACUUGAUCUGUGACCAGGUUGACCAAUUCAUUGGUUACCCAGCUAGUUCAUGCACGGGUCCUUGUUAUGGAAAAAUGGUCUUAAUUGCAAACUGAAUAAGAUGCUGCGGUGGUUCCUGGCUUUCCCAAUCUGAAUGGCCAAGCUGGUGAUGCUGGCCUGGGUCUGAUGAAAUACUUAGGAUCAAGAAAAUAAUUGAAGAACCAAAUGCUCUUCUAGCUGUAAAAAGGAAUAGCAAAACCAGCUUUUGAACUUGUAACCAGACCUAAUCUGCUGUGAUACCACAUUACUUAAUUGAGAGGGUGGAGAUGAAUGAAUAGGCUAGAGGUCUUGGGCUUACCUAUGCUUGGAUUAACCAUUGCUAAAAGAUUAGAACUAACAAAUUAGUUAGUUGGCCAGCCCUUUAGACUUGAUAUUUCUUAGAUGUGGGACCCUUGACAUAGAGUAAAAACCUUGUGUAAUAUCUUUCAUUUCAUUCAUCUGUUUCUAUGAUUGGUGUGGUGCCUGUGAAAGGAACACCAUAGUAUCUUUUUAGGAGUUUGUUUUGAUAAUAUCUACAACGCAUGAUCUACUGUAUUUUUUUUUC